GAGAAAUAAGAAGGAAAGAAUAAAACAGAAGAGAAGACAAAGAAGGAGGGGUUGACAGCCUUAGAGAACGCUUGCCAUUCAUCAACAAUCACACUGAGAGGAGGAAUAAUAUAUCUGGCAAGAAACUUGUUUGUCCUCGAGGACUUGCAUCUUCUUAAACCUGAUAAUCAGCAAGAGAAGACCACAGCUUGUUCCACUCUGCCAUCAAGACUGGAGUAUGGCCUGCCGUCCUUGUCAUCCCUGCAGCUGAUGCAGGUGGCCGCCAUGAUUUCACAUUGCCCUCUGGCCACCCUACUGCCCUUGCCCAUCAGUGCCCAGCUGAACCACUGCCCCGACCUGGAUAGCACCUUGCUGCUGGAGGGGGAGGGAGGGGUCAUUCUGCAGAGGUACCAGCCUCGCUCCCCAGAAAGCAGUCCUCACCACUGGAGUUCGGUGCAGGACUGGGGGGAGGAAGUCGAGGAAGGAGCCAUCUACAACGUGACACUAAAGAGGGUUCAGAUUCAGCAGGCGGCCAAUAAGGGAGCAAGAUGGCUGGGGGCGGAGGGCGAUCGGCUGCCCCCGGGCCACACGGUGAGCCAGCUGGAGACCUGCAAAAUCCGCAGUAUUCGAGCGGGGACUCUGGAGCGCCUGGUCGAAACGUUAUUGACGGCUUUUGGAGACAACGACCAGACCUACACCUCCAUCUUCCUCUCCACCUACAGAGCCUUUGCCAGCACCCAGACUGUACUGCAUCUGCUGCUAAACAGGUAUGGGAGUGUGGAGGAAAACGAGCAGGACGCGUCUGAAAGCAAUGAAGCAAUCAGAAAUGCUCUAGCUUCUAUCCUGCGUGCCUGGUUGGAUCAGUGUCCUGAGGACUUCCAGGAGCCUCCAGAUUACCUCUGCCUCCACAGGCUGAUGGACUACCUGCGCAAAGCUCUGCCAGGUUCAGAGGCUCUUAGACGCGCUGAAGGUCUGCUGGAGCAGCUGCACAGUCAGGCCAACAUGGAUGAAACAGAUGUUGGUUUCCAUGGAAACGGUUCUUUCUGCCUAGGAGAGGAAGAGGAAGUAGAAAUUGAGGUCCAGGAGGACAUCCUGUCAUUUGAGGCUGACCUGGUGGCCGAGCAGCUGACCUACAUGGAUGCGCUGUUGUUUAAGAAGGUCGUCCCCCACCACUGCCUGGGCUCCAUCUGGUCCCAGAGGGACAAGAAGGACAGCAAGUACAGCGCUCCCACUAUCCGUGCAACAAUCACCCAGUUCAACGCCGUCGCCGCCUGCGUGAUGAACACCGUGCUGAAGCACAGACAACUCAGACCACACGUCAGGGCGAGGGUCAUCCAGCGCUGGAUAGACAUUGCUCAGGAGUGCAGGAUACGCAAAAACUUCUCAUCAUUGAGAGCAAUUGUGUCGGCACUGCAGUCCAAUCCUUUGUACAGAUUGAAAAGAGUGUGGGCAUGUGUGCACAAAGACAGCAUACAGACAUUUGAGGAGCUCUCAGAUAUUUUCUCUGACCACAAUAACUACCUGACCAGCAGAGAGCUGCUCAUGAGGGAAGGUACUUCAAAGUUUGCCAGUCUGGAGAGCUGUGCCAAAGACCACCAGAAACGCACCCACAAGAGACUGCAGCUGCAGAAAGAAAUGGGAGCGAUGCAAGGAACAAUACCGUAUUUGGGGACGUUUCUCACUGACCUGACCAUGUUGGAUACAGCCCUUCCAGACUUUGUGGAGGGUGGUCUGAUCAACUUUGAGAAGAGACGCAGGGAGUUUGAGGUGAUCGCUCAGAUCAAGCUGCUCCAGUCGGCCUGUAACAGCUACUGCCUGACUGCAGACCCAGCUUUCCUUUGCUGGUUUAAGAACCAACCUCAGCUCAGUGAGGAGGAGAGCUACACUUUGUCCUGUGAGAUUGAAGGCCUCGGCGACAGCAGCCCGACUUUAACCAAACCUCGAAAAAGCAUGGUGAAGAGACUCAGCCUACUGUUUCUUGGACCAGACAACAACACAGCCAGUUCACCAGUCAGAGAGACGCCACGCUCGCCUCCUACUGGCAGCUCAGGGGACAGCAUGGACUCAGUCAGCGUGUCGUCCAACGACUCCAGCAGUCCAUCGGACAACGAGGGGCUCGCCACUCCAACUCACAACUCCGAGUCCAAUCAAAAUAAGCUCUCAGAGUCAUCAUCCUGCACUUCGCUCCACUCCAUGGACACCAAUUCAUCGACAGCCAGCUGCUCCAUGACUCCCGCGUCUCCCUCGCUCCCUGGACGUCCCGGUACCCACAGACGAUGCAUCUCCCUCACGCCCAUCUCCCCGACCUCCCCAGGUCAAAGCCCGGCUUAUAACACCCAGGCGCAGGACGCGUGCAUCAUCAGAGUCAGCCUGGAGCACGGCAACGGGAAUCUGUACAAGAGCAUCCUGCUGACCAGUCAAGACAAGACCCCGGCUGUGAUCGCUAGAGCCAUGGCGAAGCACAACCUGGAGGUGGAGCCGGAGGAGGGAUUUGAGCUGGUGCAGGUCAUCUCUGAGGAGAAAGAGCUGGUGAUUCCUGACAAUGCCAACGUCUUUUACGCCAUGAACACCUCAGCGAACUUUGACUUCCUGCUGCGUGCUCGAGGCUCGGCGGGCCGACCCGUGCAGCUGCGGAGCCACUGCAGUUCCACUCUUCCUCGGGCCCAGCAUCGCUCCAGCCUCUCGCUCAGACUCAGCAAAGUCACGCUGUGACCCCCUCAGGCUCUGCACUAAUGCCAAUCACUUUUGUUGGUGAUUGUGGGUGGAUUAACUAAUUAAUAAAGAGCUCUGAGAUUUUUAAGCCGGACCAGAUGCAUUUUAAUGAGCUCUUAGACUGCUUUUUAACUCUUUCCAUUUAGGUCUCAUCACGAAUUGUGCCAUUAUCACCUGCUCCGCCUUAAUGUGCAUCUGUACAACAGUGACCCCAAGUGGCCUCCAAACUUUACAACAGAUUUUUGCACAAUAGGGAGCAGCCAAGCCCCCUGACCUCCAACAGUAUUGUGAAAAUGACUUAACUCCUUUUUUUUCAUGUAUGUGUAGCUGAAACUUUAAUUUUCUCUGAACGGAAAUUAAACAGAAGAUUUCUGGUGUUCAGACCUGUUUUGCUUUGCUAAUAUUGACUAAAUGGACCUCUAACAGUAUUCUGAAACAUAUUAACUGACUGAAAGAAACUGUGAUGUCAGUAUUUUUCUCCAGUAGGGCGUCUUGAACAGCCCCUGUCUGACUUGUGCACAAUGUGCAUAGUGUACAUGUAUACAUUUAUGUGUGUAUGUGGGUGUGUGUGUGUGCGUUCCCUCCUUCCUUCAUAUUGUGAGCUGUGUGACGAAUGCAGUGUUUGCUGCAUUCUGAUUGGUUCUUGUACUUGGUUUUUAUCAAGUCCUUGGCAAAUACUGAAAAGGCCUUACAUGCCCUGUCUUCAGGGUGAAGAGGUGCAAUUAGUGCUGCUUUCUGAUUUUCCUUUUUGCAUUAAAAGGAGUAAAAUGUGCAAGAACAGAAAAUGAAUUUGACAUCCCACUGAAAUAGAAAGCAGAUAAAUGUCUUAGACUGAGGAUAGUUGUAACCUAUGCCAGUUGACAGAUGCCAGUGUUAUGUGAACAUGAAGGAUGAAUAAACAACUCUGUAAGUGGUUUCACUCCCUCUUUACUAAAUGAGUUAAUGUUUUUUUGUUUGUAAGUGUUGUUUUUUUUUUUAUAUGUUUUUGUAUUUUUACAUAAUACUUAAUUCAUUCCAGAAAUGUAUUCACCAAUGUGAGAGUGACAGGAAGUCUUUCAGAGAAGUGUUAAUUAACUCAGAUUUUCAUAAAAGAAGAGCAUCUGUGCCAGAUUUUAGUUUGCCAAAUUCUGAGGGACAUUUCAUUUCGCUAUCCAUCGUAAAAACAAAUCUCAUCUUCAAGCCAGGUGAGCUUCUUUUCAGACUAAAUCAGAGCAGCAUUUGCUGGUUCCUAUAGGGUCAUGGUCAUAAUAUGAUACUGACCAGUUACUCCAGCAAAGCAAAGUUGGGACUUGUGUUAACCUGCCAGUCAGGCAUCUUUAUGCAGCACUUCACUUUGAGAUGUUUUCCUAUAACCCACCCUCAUUUCCUGUUCUGUACUGCCAAAGACCCUUACUCUACAUGGACAAAUAAAUUAUUGUCAUUAUCAUCAAA